GACAUUGUGGAUAAUAUAGCUUUACUGAGGAUAGGAGAAUGGCCUGUAGAUCACGUGAAGUUUUUUCUUUCAAAGACUUGGAGCUUCCCUCUCACCUUCUUGCUCAGCUCAACAUCCUCCGGCAGGAGCGCAUCCUAACAGACGUCCUGCUUUGCACCGAGCACCGGGAGAUCCCGUGCCAUCGAAACAUCCUGGUCUCCAGCAGCCCAUACUUCCGUGCCAUGUUCUGCAGCAACUUUCUGGAAAGCAGCCAGGCCCGUGUGGACUUGAAGGGAAUCUCAUCAGAUGUCCUCAGUGGCAUAGUGGACUAUGUCUACACAGGCACCAUCACUAUUACCAUGGAGAUUGUGCUCCCACUCAUGCAAGCAGCAUCUAUGCUUCACUAUGGACGUCUCUUUGAGGCCUGCUCGAUGUUCCUCCAAGAGCAGCUCAGUCCAGACAACUGUCUGAGCAUGAUACGCCUGUCCGAGAUUCUUCACUGUGAGAGUUUGAAGGAGAGGGCGAAGGAGAUGGCUGUGAGGUGUUUCUCUGAUGUAGCUGCCACAGAAGACUUCUGUGAGUUAUCCCUUCCUGAGCUGAUGUGUUACCUGGAAGACGACCGACUUUGUGCAGAGGAAGAGCAGGUGUUUGAGACCCUCUUGGCAUGGAUCCACCAUGACCCGUUCUCACGGCGUGGUGCUAUCCACGAUCUCUUCAAGAAAGUUCGUCUUCGCUACAUCCACCCAACUUACCUGUUCCAGUUUAUUGCUAAUGAUCCGCUGGUGCAGUCCUCCACCCUUUGUACUGAGAUAAUUGAGUCAGUGCGCCGCCUCAUGCUCUCUGUCAGCACCAAGUGUAGCCGUGAGCUCAAGCCACUUUGGACCACACCACGGCGUUACACCUGCAGGGAAACGCUGGUGGUGGUUGGAGGACGCAAAAACAACGAGCAGACAUCACGAGAAGCUUUGCUAUACGAUGAGAGGACCCAGCGUUGGCAGUGGCUGGCCAAACUGCCUCUGCGCCUCUACAAGGCAGCAUAUGUUUGUAUUCAUAGCAUCCUCUAUGUGCUUGGUGGGCUCAGCCUCUGCAUGGCAUCAGGCGACAGCUCAGUCAGUGCUACAGUUUAUACGCUCUCCCUCAAGACCAACCAGUGGCGGACUGCUGAGCCUAUGUUGGAGCCACGAUAUGCCCACCAAAGUGUGUCCUAUCUCCACUUUAUUUUUGUCCUAGGGGGCAUUGGGGUAGACAAACAAAUCUCCCAGUCAGUAGAGAGGUAUAACAGUAUGUUUAAUCAAUGGGAGGCCAUGGCACCAAUGCCUACACCGGUGCUGCACCCAGCGGUUGCAGCCAGUGAUCAAAGGAUCUAUGUUUUUGGAGGGGAGGACUCCAUGCAGAACCCAGUCAGGCUGAUUCAGGUCUAUCACAUCUCUCGCAACCUGUGGUCCAGGCUAGAGACACGGACAGUGAAGAAUGUUUGUGCUCCUGCUGCCGUCAUCGAGGACAAGAUCUACAUCAUAGGAGGAUACACCAGACGAAUGAUUGCGUAUGACACCAAAGCCAACAAAUUUGUCAAAUGUGAGAAUCUGAAGGAACGAAGGAUGCAUCACAGCGCCACAGUGAUAAACAACAAGCUCUAUGUGACCGGUGGACGCUUCCUUAAUGGCCACGACGUCAUCGAGGACUCGGACUGCUUUGAGUGUUAUGACCCCAAGACAGACGUGUGGACCUCGAAGGGCUCUCUGCCCUACAAGUUGUUUGACCAUGGCUCCCUGCCAUUAGUCUGUGUUUCCAACAGACCCAAUCCACCAUGA